CUAGGCACAAAGCCAACGAGAAGGCUUAAAUGGGGGAGAUCCUACCAGUACACAAUGGGGAAGGACAAAGACACCCUUUCUAUCCAAUGCUAGAAGCUUCACUGGGCCUCAUUUGCAAAGUGGGAAAUAAAACCUAUCUCAAAAGACUGUUAUGAGUGUUAAAUGGGUUACUGUAGGUAAAGUACUUAGAACAGUGCCUGGACCAUAGAAAGCAUUCAACAAAUGAUAGCUGUUACCAUUAUUAUUGUCACUCUGAUUUCAGUUUUCCAUCUGUAAAGAAGAGGAGGAUUAAAGCAUCUUUGCUGCUCUCUAUCCAGCCAGAGGAAAGGGGAACUAGCCUGAUGCUGGGCUGGAUUUUGGAGACGCAGGGAAAAAUAAAUAAUAUCCCUGCCUUCAAAGAGCUCAAAGUCUGAUGGGAAGACGGGAAAAUCAUGGAUUCAAGGUAAAAUGUGCUCAGUGAUAGAGCAGAUACAGGGAAAAUUCUAAAAGAAUACAGAGACGGGUUUUGUACUGUAGUAGAUUUAUACAGACUCCACUUUUAAAUCCUAAAUUAUUCUCUUGUAACCCUGGGCAGCUCACUUAGUCAUCCCUGCCUCAGUUUCCUUGUCUGUAAAAGUGGAGAUAAUAAAAGAACCUGACUCGCAAAGCAACUGUGAAGAUCGAGGAGCUCUAUAAAGCUCCUCCUGUAGUGCCUGGCACAGAGUAGAGUUCAAAAGCGAUCAUCAUGAUUCCAAUGGUCCACGAGAAAGAUACAAGGCCUGAACUAAAAAAUUGGAAAUAGGAGGAAAGCACGGCUAAAGAGGGACUCAUCCUUCCAGGAUCGCUUAAUAAUUGUGGAUACAGUUAGAGAACAGAGGAGGCACCCACCCAGGUGCGGCCACUAGCUUGCGCCCCGGCGUCCUCGUUGCCCGUGGCAACCGGCAGUCCUUGGCUCUGGCCCGGUAGGCGCCGCGCAGGAGCAGCAAGAUGGCCCUGAGCUCCUGGUCCGCAGAUCUGGGACUCCGCGAGAAGUCGGUGCGGGCGGCAGCCGUCUCCACCGGCCCCUCCCUGGAGUUAUGCACCUUCCCCCCAACCCUGGGCUCCUCGGUCGCGGCCGCCGCCCUGGAGCAGCUCUCUGUUGUGGAAAAAUCAUUGCAAAGUGACUAUUUUAAAUGCAACGAAGAAGCUAGGACCUUUCUUAAGGACAUUGCUCUCGCUGUUAAGAAAUUGGAAGAAAUGAGAAAAUCUACAAUUGAUCAUCUGGAAAUUGAAAGCAUGGAGCUCAGCAGACUGUACUAUCUAUUGGAAACUCUCCCUUAUAGCGUCCGUGGAGAAUUCGAAGAGUGUGUCAGAGAUGCUCGCAGAUUAAACCUUUUUGAGAUAAAUCAAUUACAAAUGAAAAUUGCAAGGAUGAAUACUGAAAUAGAGUCUCUGAAGAAGAGAAUACUUGAUCUGAAAAAUAUUAAUACAGCUCUGGGUGAAAAGCAGGAGGAAUUGGCAAGGCAACACGAAAAGGCUGUUGUGUCUCUCAACCACAUGAUGGAAGAAAAAGCUGCUACUGCUGUUCACAUCAAUGAGACUUACACCAAAAUAAACUUGGAGAAGGAGGAAAUAGAAUUGCAAAAAAAAUUGGUUCAAGAUAUACAGGAGGAAAUGGAAAAAGAAAGAGAAGAAUAUUUGGAAAGAAAACAAAAAUUGAAUGAAGAGAUUGAUGAAUAUAAAAAAUGCUGUGAACUUAAGAAAAAUGAGACUUAUGAAAAGAAGAAAGAAUUGGAUAAAUUAAGGCUUAAAAUGUCAAAAGUUAAAGAAACAGUUACUACCAGCACAGUGGUUCUUAGUGACCACAAUUUAGAGAUUGCGCUACUACAGGAAUCAAUCAGACAUUGGGAAGAAGAGGUUGAGGAAAUGAAGAACUCCUGUAAGACCAUGGAGGACAAAAUGCGUUUUUUUCUAGACAACAAGGAAAAACUGGAUAAUGCAUCUAACAUUGAAAAAACUGAAUUCUUGCAGAAGAUAAUGGAGAUAGCUGAAAAACUACAGAAAUGUCGUUUAGAGAACAGAGAUCUACAAGAGAAAUUGUAUAUUCUUACCAGACAAUGCAAGAUUGUCUCAAGUGAGGAGGGUAGAGUUUUUAUGCAGAAACGGAAAAUUUACGAUGAAAAUCAGAAACAACUGGCAUUUAUUGCUCAGAAAGAAAACUUCCUGUCACAGAGAAAAGUAGACAUCAAGAACAUGAAAGAAGGACUUGUCGCUCUCCAUGAUCUCCAUCGAGCAACAAAGCAAGUAUAUCGGAAACAAAUAAAAAUCCUGAGUGAUAACCUGGAAAGAGAAAGUCAGAGAUGUGUUAUAACUCAGUGGAAAGUAGCUUGUGUGAGAAAAAAGCAUGAACGUUGGGCAGUCAGGAUAAAGAAUGAAAUAGAAGUAAUGGCACAUAAAAUUCAGAUUGCAGAACGUAAACGCGCUGAAUUAUUAAAUGAGACCAGUUUUAGAGAAAAAGAGAUCAAGGAAUUUUUGGAACAGAUUGAAAAACUUACAAGAGAAUUAAAACAAGAAGAGGAGGAAUUUGUUGCCAAAGAAAAAAAGUUAAUUCGAGUGUUGAGCAAGUAUGAGCAAAGAUUUGUUAAGGAAACGCAAAGUAACAGAAUAAAGGAAAGUGAACUAGUCGAGUGUCUUCCACAACUCCACGAGGUGGAAGAAGAGUAUAUGGCCAAAAACAGACGACUGGAAGAGCUCAGUGAUAUUCUCACAGCACAAAAGCAGGAGCAGAAUUUAAUGAAUGGUUACAUUUCUCAAUGGACAAAGGACUUUUCAAGAUACUUUAGCAGCACGGAUAAAGUGAAGCAAGAAUUAAAAGAAUUACGAGAUCAAGAAAGCCAAAAAAUCAAAACCCAUUUUGAAAUUCUAAAGAACUUAGAAAAUGAAAUCUAUGUACAUGACCUGAAAGUAGAAGUUUUGCUCCUGGAAAAUAAAAGAUUCAAAGAAUAUAUCUCAUACCUGAAGAAGAACAUCGAGCAAUACAGACAGGAAGAAGAGGCCCUCGUGUCCACCUCAAGUGACCUGUCUUGGGAGCUGAUAUCUUGUCAGAAACAAUAUUUGGAUUUGUGGGCUGAAUUUCAGGCCACCAUGAAGGAAUUGGUAGGCAGUGGUGACGAGACCUUGCAAGAAAUAAAAAAUCUCAUACACAAGCUGUAUGAAAGAGAUGAAAAAAUCCAGUCCAUCGGGACUUGGCUGCAAGGGAACCUUGGAGAGCUGCAUUCUCUUACGGAACAGGAAUCGCAAGCAGACCUUUAAAAGCAGAAACGCAGCGGUAUCAAAAAAGUCCAUUUCCCAGCGAUUGAAUGUACUAUGAAAAAAACAUUAACAAAGAAAAACUAACAAAGUAACUUCAAGGAUACGACUGCUACAAAUUCAAAAGGCAUAAACCAAACUACAGAAAAAGAAUAAUCUGAAGAUGUCUUCAACCAAACUACCUAUAAACAGAAGACCUGUUAUAUAAAUUAUGCUCUAUUUUUGUAAUAGAUCAAAAUACUGUACUGGCGAAAAUAAAUAGAUAACAAAAAACAACA